AUGGCGCCACCGCCGAACCCCGAGAGGAGUUCACGACGCACAUCGGCAACAACGACCGCGGCUCCGCCCCCCGCCGGAGGCUCCGCCCCCGCCGGAGGCUCCGCCCCCCGCCGGAGGCUCCGCCCCCCGCCGGAGGCUCCGCCCCCCGCGGGCGAGAGCGGCUUGGUGCGAGCGGCCGCCUCGAGGCCGCCCGUCGAUCCGCCGGGGGCGGUGUCGGUGAGGUUCGGGGCGGGGUCGGGCGGCGCUGCGGGGCGCGGCCUCUCGGCGGCGGCUUCGCGUCACCGCCGCCCCGAGGCCGCCGAGAGGCGACAGCGCGGGACGCGCUCCAGACGCGGACGACGCCUCAAGAUGUUGCCGCUCAAGAUGUUCGCCGUCUUCUCGACCCUGUUGUUGCUGCUGCUGCUGCCGCUGCUCGGCCACGCGGCGGUGGAGGAGGAGGAGGAGGAGACGGCGCUGAGUCGAGACAGCUGGCGGGACGUGCUGCAGGGCGAGUGGAUGCUCGAGUUCUACGCCCCAUGGUGCCCCGCCUGCCGGCAACUGCAGUCCGAGUGGCACAAGUUUGCGCAGACGAGCAAGAAGCUGGGCAUUAACACAGCCUCUGUGGACGUGACCCGCGAGCCAGGUCUAAGUGGGCGGUUCUUCAUCACGUCUCUGCCCACCAUCUACCAUGUGCGCGAUGGAGAGUUCCGUCAGUUCUCGGGUCCAAGGAAAGCGGCGGACUUAAGCCGCUUCGUGUCGGCACGCCAGUGGGAGCAGGUGACUCCUGUGUCGGCGUGGAAAGCGCCUCCGUCCAUUCUGAUGACAGGGAUGUCCUGGCUCUUCCAGCUCUCCAUGUGGAUUCGGCAAAUGCACGGCUGGCUGACGGAGACGCUGGGCCUCCCCACGUGGGGCUCCUAUGUGGUGUUUGGUCUGGCAACGCUGCUGCUGGGCCUGUGCCUCGGUCUGGUGUUCAUCCUCCUCGUUGACCUCCUAUUCCAGCCGAAACGGAAACAUCUGGUGCCCUCCGAGAAAGAAGAGAAUGCUUCUGAAGGCCAAGCAGAAGAUGAGGUCGAAAGAGUUGAACUCGGCGGACAGGGAGAUGAAAUCGUUGAUAACGGCGAUAGUCAGGCCUCGGACACGGAGGAUGGGAACAUUGGCGUCCAGGACGGGGACCCUGCCAGCUCAGAGGAAGAAGUUGGGCAGUUGGAUGAUGGCGCCGGAGAUGCUGGGGCCACGCUGCGCAUGCGACGGCCACAGCCCGGGGCCCAGGGGCUGGAGGAGCCUUAAAGAACGGGGCUUGGGGAGGCGUUUCGAGUGGAAUUGUAUCCAUCUGCUUGGCUUGUGUGAGUGGUGUGCUGGAUCACACCCUUUCAUUGCGCCUAUUAGACCCCAGCUCAACACCCCCAGCCCUCUAUCCCCUGCAUUUACAUCGCCGGCGUACUAUAGGAAUGUGGUAAUGCGCCUAGGUAGGCAAGGGCUUAGAUACAUAUUCUUAGGUUUUUUCGGUAAAGUCACGUAGGUAAAACAUCAAAAUUAAUGAAAAUAAAAUAAAACAAAAAUCACGACGUUUCGGAGGCAACACAAGUCUCCGUCAUCAGGUGGGACCGUCAUUUUCGUUCUUGUCUUUCAUGUGUAUCAGGCCUCCCCUCC